AUGCAAUCGAACAACAACCAUCAAGAGACUCUCUCCGAUCCCGAAGAAGAGGAAAUCACACACCUUUCUUCAUCAACACCUGCAGACAAUUCCUCAGGUCAAACUCAUCCACUGGUUGGUGAUGAUCAUGAUGAUGCUCCUGUCGGUAGUCAUGAUAAAGAUCUAGGAAUGAGUGAAGAAGCCUUUCAUGAUUUCAUCGAGCAACAAGUUGCAAAAAAGCGAAGCAAUGAACCACUCUCACUCAAAGACAAGUUAUCCAUAUGGACAAUUGGAAUAUUAACCUUCUUUGUUUCAAUUGCAACAAUAUUAGGAACAGGAAUUUUGGGAUUGCCAGUUAAAUUGUAUCAAACUGGAUUUUGGCCAUUCUUUUCCACCUUUAUUAUUUGUUUCAUCAUGCAAGCAAUGAUUAUAUUAUACUUGACAGAAAUACUUCAAAAAACAGAAUUAAUUAUGAAGGAGGAACAUGGUAAAAAAGAAUCUUUGGAAGAAGAAAAUAUCAUGCAAGAAAAAACCAGUGAGCAAGACGUCGAGGACAUUACUCAUACGAACAGCAAUGAUCAAGAAGAGGAAGAACCUAUUGAAACAAUAGAACAAGUUGGAACGACUAGUGUUCCAGUGAAAGAAGAAAACAAGGAACCCAUUGUGUUUGAACCUGAUUUGCACACAAUUGGAAGAUUGUUUUUGAACAGAGUACUUCAAAUUUUAUUCGAUUUUUCCGUGAUCAUUCACUUCAUCUCAAUUUUAAUUAGCUACUCUAUUGCUGGACCAAUUGCAAUAGCUUCAUUAUUUAAUAUUAAGGAUUAUUAUCCAUAUUUUAUUCCAGGUUUUGUUUUAAUUUUAACCAUAUUUGUGUUGUUACUCGAACGAUUUUUAUCUCACAUUAUUUCAGCAGCAACCAUCUUUAAGGGAGCUUUACUGUUAAUAAUGGUUGGUUUGGUUGGAUUUAUUAGUCAACAAACGAAAUUGAAUUUUACAGAUAAUUUUCAAUACAUUGGACAUCCUUUCUUAAUUGGAACAGUGAGUUUGGGUGGUGUGAUGAACACUUUGCCUUGUAAAUAUUCGAAAAUUGUACGUCAAAGUCAACCACCUGCUGUCGUUAAUGAAGAUGAAGAUGAAACUACCGAAGAAAUGAGAAUUCGAGUGAAGGCACUAAAAAUUCAAAUCUUUCGAUGGAGCGCCAUUUUAGGUCUCUUUGUAUGUUUUGUCAUUAAUGUACUGUGGUGUCUCUUUGUGUUGCGAAUUGUACCACAAGAAUCUUCCAGCACAGACAAGAAUUAUCCAUCUCUCCACAAAUCCAAAGAAAAGGGAGAAAUUUCCACCGUUCCAAUCAUUGAAAUUAUCAAACUCAAAUAUCCUCAAUACGUUUGGUUGGGAUAUUUUGUACAAUUCUUCAUCUCACUGAGCAUUACUGUGAGUUUUUGUACCAUGUCUGCCGGAGCCAAACACAUGCUGGAUGGAUAUGUGAAAACAUUUGAGAUGGCACAACAGAGAGUUGGAAGUGUGGCCUCACGUUUCUCUGAAUUUCUCUACUCCAAAAUGACCUUCCUUAAACACAAACCCUCACGCAUGUCCUUGCUCUUGAAAAUUGUAUUAUAUGGUGCCACGUUUUUACCGACCUAUGUGAUGGCACAAAUUAAUCCGAGAAGUUUUUUAACAGUGAUGGAAGUGUUUACCUCGAUGGCACUCAAUUUGGAAAGUGGUUUUUUCAUUUCACUCAUUCUCUUAAUUUCAUGCCGAGCACGAUAUAGUCAUCAUGUUAUUUCUGUACCUCUCCCCAAGUUAUUUAUUUAUGCAACGGUGGGAAUUGUAGCUGCCUAUUUCCUCUUUGCUGUAGUCUUUGAUAUUGUUUAUUCAAUUAUUGGAUGGGCAUGGCCUGAGAAACCUUUUUAA